UGGGCCUCCAUUAUUUGUAACUAGCUCUAGGAAAAAAAAUCCAUAGAGGGAGGAUCGGGCUGAGCCUUGGAUGCAGAUAUUGUGCGGCUCAUGCGGUGCUGCAGGCGCUCCCCGGCGUGAAAUAUUUAUCUAUGAGGAUUGGAGAAACACUAGAGAAAAGACUAUAUUGACACCGGUACAGAUCACAUUCUGCACACUACAUCAUAAAUACAUUCCAACAUGUUCAACUUAAUGAAAAAAGAUAAGGACAGAGAUGGAGUCAGAAAGGACAAAAAGAAAGAAAAGAAGGAGAGAAUGUCUGCAGCGGAGCUAAAGAGCCUGGAGGAGAUGAGCAUGAGAAGAGGCUUUUUUAACCUUAAUCGUUCCUCAAAGAGGGACUCCAAGACCAAACUGGAAAUAUCUAAUCCUAUACCUAUUAAGGUAGCUAGUAGCUCUGAACUUAACCUCACCGACAUUGAGUCAGACAAUGUCAGCAAUAGAGGAAGCAUCUUCUAUGACUCUGGACACCUCAGUACUGCCAGCUCCAGCGAUGACUUGAAGAUUGAGGAGAACAACUUUAAAGGUAGUGUUCUCCAGCGAGCUGCUAAGUUUGGGUCUUUGGCCAAGCAGAAUUCUACUGGAGUGGCUCAAAUGGUCAAACGAUUCUCCUUCUCCCAGAAGAGCAAAGAUGAGAGUCAGUCUGAAACCUCUACCCCAUCUGAAAACUCUGCUGCUCCUUCACCACAGGUUGAAAUCAGAGCUUUUGAAACCCAACUCAAUACAUACUCUGUGCCUUCAGUGCAGGUUAUACCACCAAGCAAUAAUCAACCUGUUGUCAAAAUUCCAGAACUAGUAGCGAAGACCUUUCCAGCUGAUCUGCGGUUACCUUCUGUGCUUCCACCUCAGGCACCUGUGCCAAGAGAAUUGGUGCUACAGAGGAGAAACACUGGAGACUUUGGCUUCUCAUUACGUAGGACAACCAUGUUGGAUAGGGCUUCUGAUGGACAAGUAUAUAGAAGGGUUGUCCACUUUGCAGAACCUGGUGCUGGCACUAAAGAUCUUGCCUUGGGAUUGGUUCCAGGUGACCGACUGGUAGAAAUCAAUGGACGUAAUGUGGAGAAUAAAUCUCGUGAUGAAAUUGUAGAGAUGAUCCGCCAGUCUGGAGAUACAGUAAGGCUAAAGGUUCAGCCCAUCCCUGAACUGAGUGAACUAAGUAGAAGCUGGUUAAGGAGUAGUAAAGGACUACGAAAAGAGGCUUAUGAUGCUACAAGUCCUGUAUCCCAGCAGACCGCGCCAGAGGAAGCCCAGAAACGUCUGGAGAGGAUCUUCAUGGCAUCUCUGGAACCAGCAGCCUCUUCUUCCUCUGCACUGAGCCAGUCGGCCUUUCAGGGUCCCACUGAAGAAGCCUCAGCUUUGUCUCUGAGCUCGCCCAAUGCUCUGCCUCAGGCCAAGACCGAGGAGCAGAUCUCUGCAGAGCAGAAUUGGUAUGAGACUGAGAAGGUGUGGCUGGUUCACAAAGAUGGAUUCUCUCUGGCGAAUAAGCUGAAUUCAGAAAACGGCAAUCUACCUGAAGGAAAAGUGAAAAUUCGACUGGAGAAUGAUGGGACUCUACUGGACGUGGAUGAGGAUGAUGUGGAAAAAGCGAACCCACCGUCUCAUGAUCGGGUGGAAGACUUGGCUUCACUAGUUUAUCUGAAUGAAUCCAGCGUACUGCACACACUGCGACAACGAUAUGGAGGGAACUUGCUUCACACGUUUGCCGGACCAGCUAUGGUUAUUAUGAAUCCCAUGAGUUCUCCUUCUAUAUAUUCUGAGAAGGUGAUGCACAUGUUCAAAGGAUGUCGCAGAGAAGACACAUCCCCUCACAUAUAUGGCGUGGCCCAGGCUGCAUACUGGAAUAUGCUCAUGACUCGGCAGGAUCAGUCAAUCGUCUUAUUGGGUAGCAGUGGUUCCGGCAAAACUACAAGCUGCCAGCAUGUUAUCCAGUACCUGGCCACAGUGUCUGGUAGCACAGGAAAGAUCUUUUCAGCUGAAAAAUGGCAAGCUGUAUAUACCAUCCUGGAAGCCUUUGGCAAUAGUGGCUCAAGUCUGAAUGGAAAUUCCACACGGUUCUCGCAAAUCAUUUCAUUGGACUUUGACCAGGCUGGGCAGGUGGCUUCAGCAACUAUACAGACUAUGCUUUUGGAGAAACUCAGAGUGGCUAGACGUCCAGAAAAUGAAGCAACAUUUAAUGUCUUUUACUACCUCUUGGCCGGUGCAGACAGCACACUCCGGACAGAGCUUCAUCUCAACCACUUGGCAGAAAACAAUGUGUUUGGCAUUACGUCAAAGGGCGAAGACAAGCAGAAGUCAGCACAGCUGUUCAGCAAACUGCAGGCAGCUAUGAAAAUCCUGGGCAUCUCCACUGAGGAGCAAAAGGCUUUUUGGUUAAUACUUGGAGCAAUUUACCACCUGGGAUCUGCUGGAGCCACCAAAGAAGCAGAUGAAGCUGGCAGAAAGCAGUUUGCCCGGCACGAGUGGGCACAGAAAGCUGCAUAUCUCCUGGGCUGCUCUUUGGAAGAACUUUCCUCAUCAAUAUUCAAGCACCAACCUAAAACCAGUGGCCUGCAGAAAUCGACCUCCUUCCGUCAAGGACUGGAUGAUGCAAGCCAAGGAGAUGGACCAGGUUCAAAGUUGUCUGCUUUGGAGUGCUUGGAAGGGAUGGCCUCCGGAUUGUACUCUGAGGUGUUUACACUGCUCAUCUCGCUGCUAAACAGAGCCUUGAAAUCCAGCCAGCAUUCCCUUUGCUCCAUCAUGAUUGUAGACACCCCAGGCUUCCAGAACCCAGAGCUGGUCAAACAGGGACGCGGUGCUACUUUUGAGGAGCUUUGUCACAACUAUGCACAGGAGAGGCUACAAGCACUGUUUCAUGAGAAGACUUUUGCCCAGGAACUUGAGAGAUACAAGGAGGAAAAUAUAGAGCUUGCUUUAGAUGAAAUUGAGUCCAGUACAUCUGGCUCAGUAGCUGCUGUAGACCAAGCGUCGCAUCAAACACUGGUAAGGACCCUUGCGAGGACUGACGAGGCCAGAGGUCUUUUGUGGUUACUGGAAGAAGAAGCAUUGCAGCCUGGUGGCAAUGAGAACAGCCUUUUGGAACGACUGUUUACUUACUAUGGACCUCAGGAAGGAGAAGAGAGUGGUAAGAAACCAUUACUGCGAAGCAAUAAAGAACAUCACUUCAUGCUGGGGCACUCCUAUGGCACGAACUGGGUGGAAUAUGACGCAACCGGAUGGUUAAACUAUGUCAAACAAAACCCAGCCUCUCAAAAUGCUUCUAGUUUGUUGCAAGAUUCCCAGAAGAAAAUAAUUAGCAGCUUAUUUGCUGGCAGAGCGGGCACAGCGACCGUCUUGUCGGGUUCAGUAGCUGGCCUGGAGGGGGGGUCCCAGCUGGCCCUCCGCAGAGCAACCAGCAUGCGAAAGACAUUUACGACUGGCGUGGCAGCUGUGAAGAAGAAGUCACUGUGUAUUCAAAUUAAACUUCAAGUAGAUGCUCUGAUUGAUACCAUCAAGAAGUCCAAAAUUCACUUUGUCUACUGCUUUCUGCCUAAAGCUGAGUCAUUUACCAGUGGGGCUCGGCUGGUACCAGCUGCACGAGUUGGCUCCAGUGAGUCAGAUCUGUCAGGUGAACGUUGUGAUGCAGAGCUUAUGCAAGUCGACGUCCCUCUGUUGCGAGCUCAGGUCCGAGGGUCCCGCGUUCUGGAUGCUCUUCGCAUGUAUAGACAAGGUUAUCCUGAUCACAUGGUCUUUUGUGAAUUCCGGAGACAGUUUGAUGUCUUAGUUCCUCACCUUACAAAGAAACAUGGUCGCAACUAUAUUGUCACAGAUGAAAAGAGGGCUGUAGAAGAACUUCUAGAAUCCCUGGAUCUGGAGAAGAGCAGUUAUCAUAUGGGUUUGAGCCGGGUUUUCUUCCGAGCAGGCACAUUAACAAAACUUGAAGAACAGAGGGAUGAGCAGACCCGUAAGAACCUCAUAUUCUUCCAGGCCGCGUGCAGAGGUUACCUGGCCCGCCAACAGUUCAAAAAGAGAAAGAUCCAAGAGCUUGCUAUUCGCUGCAUCCAGAAAAACAUCAAGAAGAACAAAGGUGUAAAAGGCUGGCUGUGGUGGAAACUGUUCACUACUGUCCGACCCCUGAUACAGGUGCAGCUCACAGAAGACCAAAUCCGGGGCAAAGACGAGGAGAUACAACAAUUGAAAAGCCGGUUGGAAAAAGUGGAGAAAGAGAGGAAUGAGCAGCGACUGAGCAACGACCGCUUGGAUAGCAGGAUCACAGAACUGAAUUCUGAGCUCACAGACGAGAGAAACACAGGAGAAUCUGCCUCCCAGCUACUGGAGUCAGAGACUGCUGAGAGGCUGCGUGUUGAGAAGGACAUGAAGGAUCUGCAGGCCAAAUAUGAAGCCCUUAAAAAGCAGAUGGAGUCCAUGGAAGUGGAGGUAAUGGAGGCCAGACUGAUUCGUGCAGCAGAGCUAAAUGGAGAGAUGGAUGAUGAUGAUUCUGGAGGAGAAUGGCGGCUGAAGUAUGAGCGAUCUAUACGUGAGAUUGACUUCACAAAGAAGCGGAUGCAGCAGGAGUUUGAGGAUAAGCUGGAAGUGGAGCAGCAGAGCAAGAGGCAGCUGGAACGCAGACUUACAGAUCUGCAGGCAGAUAAUGACGAGUCACAGAGAACGCUGCAGCAGCUGAAAAAGAAGUGCCAGAGGCUGACGGCUGAGCUACAAGACACCAAGCUCCACUUAGAAGGGCACCAGGGACGCAAUCAUGAACUAGAGAAGAAGCAGCGAAGGUUUGACACUGAGCUGGCACAGGCACAAGAUGAGGCACAAAGGGAGAAGGUACUGAAAGAAAAGCUGAGCCGAGAAAAGGACAUUCUCACUUCUGAGGUGUUCAGCUUACGACAGCAGCUGGAGGAGAAAGACUCUGAGAUUUUAGUCCUCACACAUAAGGUUGAUCAGCUGGAGGUAGAACUUCAGGAUGUCUCCUCUCAGGAGUCCAAGGAUGAGGCUUCUCUUGCAAAAGUUAAGAAACAGCUCCGAGAUUUGGAAGCGAAAGUCAAAGACCAAGAAGAAGAACUUGAUGAGCAAGCAGGAAGCAUUCAGAUGCUGGAGCAGUCAAAAUUACGCUUGGAGAUGGAGAUGGAACGGCUCAGGCAGUCACACUCCAAGGAACUUGAGAACAAAGAUGAAGAAGUGGAGGAGAUUCGGCAGUCGUGUCAGAAAAAGCUGAAGCAGAUGGAAGUUCAAUUAGAAGAGGAAUAUGAGGACAAACAGAAGGUCCUGAGAGAGAAGAGAGACCUGGAAAGCAGAUUAAAUUCUGUUAGCGAACAGGUCAGUCACCGUGACUUUGAAACUGAGAAACGCCUGCGAAAGGACCUGAAGAGAACAAAAGCUCUGCUUGUCGAUGCUCAGAUCAUGCUGGACCACUUGAAGAACAAUGCUCCGAGCAAACGAGAGAUUGCGCAACUAAGGAGUCAGCUGGAAGAAUCUGAAUUUACUUGCGCAGCUGCAGUAAAGUCUCGAAAAUCUAUGGAGGUUGAAAUGGAGGAUCUCCAUCUUCAAAUCGAUGAUCUUUCCAAAGCGAAGACAGCGAUGGAGGAGCAAAUCAGCCGCGUGCAGAGGGAGAAGAAUGAUUUACAGAGCAGAAUGGAGGAGGACCAGGAGGAUAUGAACGAGCUGAUGAAGAAACAAAAGGCAGCUGUAGCUCAGUCCUCCCGAGACUUGGCUCAGAUCAAUGACCUGCAGACGCAACUUGAGGAAGCCAGCAAAGAGAAGCAAGAGAUGCAGGAGAAGUUACAAGGUUUGCAGAGUCAGCUGGAGUUCUUGGAGCAGUCCAUGGUGGAUAAAUCUGUGGUGAGCAGACAGGAGGCCAAAAUCCGGGAACUGGAAACCCGCCUGGAAUUUGAGAGGACACAAGUGAAACGCAUGGAGAGCCUGGUAACCCGACUGAAGGAGAACAUUGAGAAGCUGACUGAAGAGCGGGAUCAGCGAGCCGCAGCAGAGAACCGUGAAAAAGAGCAGAAUAAAAGAAUGCAGCGGCAGAUCAGAGACAUGAAGGAAGAGAUGAGUGAACUGGCCAAGAAAGAGACAGAAGCCAGCCGUAAAAAACAUGAAUUGGACAUGGAUCUAGAAAGUUUGGAAGCUGCAAAUCAGAGUUUGCAGUCAGACUUGAAAUUAGCCUUCAAACGUAUCGGGGAUCUUCAAGCUGCCAUUGAGGAUGAGAUGGAAAGCGAUGACAAUGAAGACCUCAUCAACAGUUUACAGGAUAUGGUGACCAAGUAUCAUAAGCGCAAGAAUAAAAACGAUGGAGACUCAGAUGCAGACUCUGAACUUGAUGAACGAGUGGAUGGAGUGAAGUCAUGGCUGUCCAAAAACAAAAAUUCUUCCAAAGCCUACUCAGAUGAUGGUAGUUUAAAGAGCUCUAGCCCUCCAACCUAUAGGAAACCUUUAAGCUAUGACAGAGGGGAUGAUGAGCAGGACAACUUUGAAAGCACAUACCGAUCGAAAUAUUCCUCACGGAGCUACCUGAGCGACAGCGACACAGAGACCAAAUCUUCCGAACCCUUGUCCUAAUCAUGACGAGGGUGAGAACAGUGCCACCUGUAGGAAUGGGAGAAUGUUGCCAUUUUCCACAGACUGAGAAAUGCGGUUUCGAUACAUGCCCCUGGAACUGUGUGUGUUGGCUUUCAGCCCAAGAAGAAUGACAUGUACCUCAAUACAUCUCAAGACACCCCCAUUCUUGUCUACCACCUGGCAACCUUAGUGCAUGGGCUAAUUUCUGCGUUUAAAGUUGCAGGGUGCUUUCAUUGGAUUGUCUUUUGCUUUACUUGUUGAUGGUUUGGUGGAAAUGGAGGAGAGAAUCAGAUAAAUUAUUAUUUUAAUGUACUGUUUUCUGCAUCUUUUUUCACCCCUUGGUGGAAGAGUGGAUUUUUCGAUGGCUGGACUUUCUCAUUGUCCAGUGGUCUCUGCUCUCCGUGUAUAUGUAACUCUUACGAGAGUAUGCAGUCCUGGAUGCUCAUAUGGGGGCUCCCAGCUGAAUGGUGCCUUUUUCUGUCCUCCUUUUAGUAUUGGAAAUCACAUUGCAAUGCUUCCCAAACCCCUCAGAGUGAUCACCCUGUAUCUUUAGACUUACAUAUGUUUAUUAUGUAUAUACAGUUGCUAUCCUGGUUGAAGAGAAAAUAGAGCAGGUAUAAUGUUAGUGAUCACUCGGGCUGGCUCUGCUGGGGGUAGUGGUCGAUGAGAAUUUGGACAAUGAACAGAGGCAUGCUGCAAUAUGUAGUUUUAUGUAGGUAUCUAACAUUGAUGGACAUCCUCUAAGCCAAGAUUAACAAGAUGUAAUACACGGUAUAUCUUAAGCUCUGUGCUUGCCAGGGGGCAGACACAAAGAAGUGAUUACUACCAUUUUAGCCAAAACGAAUUGUACAUUGAUGUAAAAUUCUCUAUUGCCAAUCUGCAAUCAAAAGAUGAAACCUGCAAGUCCUGCAGCAUGAACAGUUAUCAUUAGCUGAAUGUCGCUUAACAUUUGCUGCAAUGUAACAGUAUUCAGAAUAAAUUAAUCUCCUGCAUGUGCUGGAGCCUUAGGUUUAACUCCACCAAAAACCUGUCAAUGCAGGUGCAUUUAAGCGCAGUCUUCCACUACUCCAGGUAACUUGUAGUGUCAGGAGUCUAAGAGGCUAAGAUUAAGUGCUGUUUGCAGGACACUUGCAAUUUAAAGGGUUGUCCAAGUUGAAUAAAAAAUUAUGACCCAAAAAAAGUCAUGGUCCUUCUUUUCUCCACUGCUGCUUCCUGUACCAUGCUUCAGUCCUGCACACUGACGUCAUCUUCCUGGCUGCAGUUGUGCCACCCGUGUACACCAGGUCACAUGGGCGGACUUGGAACUUAAAGUGGCCCCAUGUUUUCCAAAUUGACAGAUGGUGGGCCAACACAAUUAAAAGGGACUGCAAAACUAUAGUGCAGCACAAAAUACUGCCUGGCAGAACCAAAUGGCAAAGUGCAGCGGAAAAUACUGCCAUCUUUACCACAUUAUUCAACUGUAUCAGCAUUCUGAGGACGGUGAUACAGUUGAGUUCAGGAAGAAACCUGCUGUCGUUGGCCAGGGGCAUAAGUACCCGAUGCUUCUAGGAGCAAUGGGGGCAUGCAGUUAUACCUAGAGGCUCUGCUCUCUCUGCAACUGUUGUGCCUUUCCCACUUUGACAGGGCAGGCUUGAUGACAUUUUCACUUUCUGGUAGAGGCAGUGGCAGUUGCAGAGAGAGCAGAGCCUCUAGGUGUAACGGCAAUGCCCACAUUGCUCCUGGAGUCUCAUUUGCCUAUAAUAAAACAUCAAUUUUCUCAGCACUGCGGGCACAUAUGGGACCAACACAGAUGCCUUCAUCUGCCAAGCGUACAUGUAACCGUUCAGCCAGUUUCAUAGAUACAAAUCUGCUGACAGAUGCCCUUUAAUAUAUUCUUCUGAGAUUUUAAAGGGAACCUGUAACCAUAAAAACACAAUGUAUGCUGCAGGCAGCACGUUAUAGAGCAGGAGGAGCUGAGCAGAUUGUAGGUAGAUUCAGUAUAAUUUGUUUUUCGUUCAUUUAAGAUCCCUGCUCUUUCUGGGCCUUGAAGUCCAGGAGGCGGUCCUAUCAGUGAUUGACAGCUAUCUCUGUAUACACAGUCAUAGAGGGAAGGCUGUCAAUCACUGAUAGGACCAACUCCUCAAAGCCUAGAAAGAGCAGGAAUUUAAAUGAAUGAAAUACAAGUACCAGCAUACUGCCUGCUUGUAUACACUGACAGUGGGGCAGAUUUACUAAUCCUGUUCUGACACUAUUGUUGACACCUCCUUUUGGUUGGCCUACCUUUGGUGCAUCAUAAGCUAUGUCCCAUUGCCAUUAAACCUGUCCCCUUUUCUUAUAAGUUCAAUGUGGACAUACCCUAAAAAUGCAGAUUCACACUAAAGCCAGGUAAAUUCCUUAGGCCUGCUUAUCCAGGACUAUAGUUUAGAAGGAAAGCAAAAAUUUGUUAUUAAAGUAAGGGCUAAUGCACAUGACGGUUGCCUGUUUUGUGGACCCGAAAAACACAGAUACCGGUCGUGUGCAUUCUGCAUUUUGCGGAACAGAACAUCCAGCCCCUAAUAGAACAGUGCUAUCCUUAUCCGUAUUGUGGACAAUAAUAGGACAUGUUCUAUAUUUUUGCGG